AUGGGAAAAGUAAUAGCGGCAGUCCUGAUCCUUGGCUUCCUGUUUCUAGGGUCCCAAGAAGGAUCGGCUUCCCUGCUCGACACGGAAUGCGGAAUGCGCGGAUUGCGGCACAUUUUGAAGAUGCACGAUGGUACCGAGAAUGAUAGACAGGCGAAUCCUUGGAUGGUUUCGCUAAUAGUGAACGGCGAGGUCAAAUGCAGUGGCUCUCUCAUCAACGAUCGAAUUGUUUUGACGGCAGCCCAUUGCGUAUUCAAUGAUGAAAUGCAUGUGCACUUUGGUACAACCUUUUCGUUCGACCGACGGAAUCCUGGAGUCCUGCAGGAAUCCUGCAGGGCGGAUGCAAAUUGUGUUAGGGUCGACAAGAAGAUCGUUCCCUCGCAAUUCAGAGAACGACAACACCUACAGUACGACAUAGCCCUACUUCGGAUGCAGCAUGCGGUGCAGUACUCAGACGUUGUCCGCCCAAUAUGCCUGCUCAAAAAUGAGCCAGCCGUUGCCCGAUUCCACAUCACUAGCUGGGGCAAAACUGAAGAAGGCUACCCCCUCAUCCCACGGGUACUAGUGACAGACGAUGUGAAGCGCAUUGAUCGCCAGCUUUGCAGCCGGAAGUUCCAGUGGCCGGUGGACGAGUCCCAGAUAUGCGUCCGCAGUAAGACGAGCAAUGCGUGCCGAGGGGAUUCCGGUGGCCCCAUGAGCGCGGAGAUACUGCACAUGGGCAGGUAUCGCACCUUCCAGUUCGGCAUCAUCAGCUACGGGUUGGGUUCCUGUGCAGGCUUAAAUGUCUGCACCAAUGUCACUCACUACAUGGACUGGAUCGUGAGUGUUCUGGCUAGCUCGUCGGCUUGA